AUGAUAACUACGUACAGUUACAUUGAAUCUCACAAAGGCAAUACGAUACCACAAAUGUUCAUCGUGGAAAUACGCAGUUCCAUGCUCUGUGAAUUAUCGCCUCUCACGGAUCUAAUGAGCUUUAGAGCCGGAAAUUUUAAUCUGAAAGAUGAAGAUCGUAGCGGUCGUCCAUCCACCACCGAUACUGACCUUAUCAAGGCCUACCUCGAUGAAAACCCAAGGUCUAGUGUUCGUGAGAUAGCAGAUGUUUUAAACAUCCCGCGAACAACGAUUCAUGAACAUUUGACAAAGCUUGGUUUUUUGGAUCAACGAUACGACGAUACGAGUACCAUGAACGAAGAAGAUAGAAGAAAGUUCAACGUUCCUUACGAACGUCCAAUAUCAAAUCGAAGCAAACACAUCGUCGUAUUGAAUUACAGCGGAGUAUUCACGAAAUAUUGGCGGUUAUACUGCAAGCACACAACUUUAGUGGGUCUGAAGUAUUUUUUGAAAGAUGAAGUAACCUGGUUGGAGAAGUUCCUAUGGCUUCUCGUAUACAUAAUCUCCAUAAUUUGCGGCUUUCUCCAGAUGGUCAAUAUUUAUCAGGCGUACAAAGAUAUCCCAGUAACAGCCACGUUAGAAUCGGAGUAUUUUCCAACUAAUGAAAUAAAAUUCCCCGUUUUGUGUUCAAUCGCCAAUAAAUGUUACAUUUUAACCAAAAUUUUAUCAAUUGAAAGGAUUUUAAUUUGCAUUCGUUGGAGUGUCAGGUAUGAAGCGAAAAUCAGUAAUUUGACCGUGAAUGAAAUUCUUCACGAAAUACGGAAGGUCGGUGAUUUGUACGAUUCGCCAUUUACCACUGCUGGUGAUUACACUCAGAUUAUUCAGCUGAUGUCCAAGUUUUACGGGAAUAAUUACGAUAUCACCGACAUAAUGGAACGCCUAACACCACAGUGUUCGUCUAUGUUACUCAACUGUUAUUUUCGCAAUCAGAGAAUGAAUUGCUCUGAUAUAUUCAGUGUCGGAAAAACGAAAAAUGGAUUCUGUUGCAUUUUUAAUUACAUUGCCGAGAGUUUUGGUGAUGCUCCUAAGUAUUUUAAGCAGGAGGAAUUUAAAUUGUAUUAUGUCGGAGACAUAGGUAUACAGAACGGUUUAACUGUGACGAUGGAUCCCUUAUUGGAUGAUUAUUUUUACACGAUACUACCCACUAUUGGUUGGAAGGUGAUGAUAUUCGACCCUUACGAUUACCCUGACUCGGGUAGUGGCAGCGUUUCGGACAUUCUGCUUGGCCCGUUAACCGAGAAGUACGUACGUUUGAAGGCGGUUGGGUUGUACAGUACCGACAAUAUUCGCCCAUAUUCGAUGCAGAAACGAGGCUGCAUCUUUCCCGACGAAUACGUUUCGGACCACACGACUUAUACCUAUAAUGACUGCAUAGUCGCCUGCAAGAUGGAGCACGUAUGGAACCAUUGCAAAUGUAGAGUGUUUUUCUAUCCAUAUCACGAAGGUGAAAACUACUUUAUUUCCGGUAGAACUCGUUCACUUUUCUCAGGAUCAUUUCAACAGAACUUGCAAUAUGGAGAAUAUACAUUGUUUAUUGCAAUAUUACGAACAGAUGUAGCGUUUAACAUCGUACCUUAUAAAGACAAUACUUUAAGUAGCUCGCUCGAUGAUCAGAAUGCAACAAUGUAUUGCAAAAAUUGUUACCCUGAAUGUGACGAUAUGAGAUAUUAUGUGCAAAGUACUAUAUCUAACAUAGAGCCUGGAUACUUCGACACGGAAUUAUUUCCGGACAUGAACGUAACGAAUCAUAGUGUUCUGCACGUAUAUUUUCCAAACUCAGGAACCGAGUUUUUGAAACAAGACGUGACUACCCGUUGGUACGAGUAUUUGGGUGAAGUUGGAGGACUCUAUGGACUUUACGUUGGCAUCAGCAUCAUUAGUUUCGUAGAAUUGAUUUAUUUUAUCAUAUUAUGGCUCAGUGAAGCGUUUAAAUCUCUCGAGGUAGUAGAAGAAGAAAUUCCUCAUGAAAAUGCUAUACAUCCUAUUUAUUGGAAUGAAUUCUUUCCACAUCCAAGGGCUGUCAUGAAUAAUUAAUGAAAAUAGUAUUUGCUUCUAAUAUACAUUCGAUGUGUUUCUAUGUA